AUAAAAAAAAAAAUUACUGAGAUGAAAUAGGUGUUUUGAUCUUGUUAUUUCAAUGGCCUGUGCUGUUGAUUUGGAGUUCAAAGAUGGUUCCGUCUGCUGCACUUUUCUUUGCAGACACUGAAAAGUGGCUCUUAUUUGACUGACUCUUACUGGACUGCAGCAGCUGAAACAGUCAGAUAUAUACCAAGUCCAGUUGCACUUGAUUCAACUCCUUUGGAUAACCAUGACCUGGAUGAAUGAGAACAUUCACAGACACGUCUCCUAUGAGGUUAUGCUCCUCUUCAUGUGUGUUCCUGUUGAUGAAGCGGUGGAGAGUUAAUACAUUUUACUCAGCGCCUGCUCAUAAGCCAUGGGGAAGCGGUAUUACUGUGAUUACUGUGACCGAUCCUUUCAGGACAAUAUGCAUAAUAGGAAAAAACAUCUGAACGGGGUUCAGCACCACAGAGCUAAAAAGGCCUGGUUUGAUCAUUUUAGAGAUUCUGCAGCAAUUUUUUACGAGGAGCAAGCUAAGAAACCCUGCAGGAAGUUUCUCCAGACAGGAAACUGUGGUUUUGGCCCCAACUGCAGGUUUUCUCACAUGUUAGAGGAAGACUUUGCAACUCUUAAACGGCAGAUGGAAGAUGAAAGACAACUCAGUGAGGACCCUGAAGACAGAGCUUCUGCAGAACGAAGCAUACAAGACUGGCUUGCUAUAAGGGAAAGGAAAAGAUUUGCCCUCACAAGUGAUGGAGUACUAAAAAAUAAAGAAGACAAUGAAGGAAACCAAACAGAAAAUGGUUUUCCUCAACAGUUCCUGUCCAUUCCUGAACUUCCUCCUUCACUUGUACCUCCUUCGCCAGGUGGAUGGAAAGUAAAACUAAACAAUGGAUGGGGCUAAAGGAUAUACGUAUACUACCCCACGCAUCCAAGGAGGGAGCCCCACAAACUACUAAAUUUCCCUAAAGGACUACAGUGGGGUUCAAAAGUUUGGGCACCCCUAGUCAAAAUGCCUUGUAUAGAAUCCAAGUGAACAGAAUCUAACUUGACCUCUAAAUGGUACAACAUUUCUUUGAAUUUUAAAGCGAGAUUUAUUUUGAUUUUGAUUUUUUUACAGUUUCAGUAUAAUAAAAAUAAGUGUCUUUAUUCAUGCUAAAUAAUCCAAGUGAGAAAGUUAAAGAAAGUUGAAUCAGUUCAUCUGGACAUGUUUAUUGUCUGAAAUGUUGUGUCCAGAUUCAGUUCAAUUCAAUUUUAUUUAUUUGUAUAGCCUAAUAUCACAAAUUACAAAUUUGUCUCAGUGGGCUUAACAUCAACACAACAUCCUGUCCUUAGACCAUCCUGUCCUCAGAUGAACUGAUUCAACUUUCUUUGAUAAUAAAGAAAAGAAAAGGGAAAAGUCCCUGUGCAAAAGUUUGGGACCCCUGUCAGCAAGUACUUUGUAGCUCCUCCUCUGGCAACUAUAACAGCUUUCUGUAGCCAGCUAAAAGUCUUUCGAUUCUUGCUUUUGGAAUUUUCCCCCAUUCUUCCUGGCAGCAAACCUCUUAGUUCAGAAAUAUCCUUCGGCUGAAAAUAAAAAGUAAUCUUGCUUUAAGAACUUCAGAAAGGUCUUAUGUUUGACUUUACCAUUUAGAGUUCGGGUUUGCUUUUGAUCACAUAGAAAUUAAUUGUAAUAGAUAUUUAAACCAGUGGUGCCCAAAUUUUUGCAUCCCACUGUAUUGCUAGUGAACAUAAUGUACAUGUCAUUUUAUCAAAAGUUCUCAUUUAUUCAUUUGAUAUCAUAAGUCACGGUAUUGAAUUUUUAUUGAAAUUGCUAAUAUGUAAACAUUAAAUACAUUAGAAGACACGUUUUUUUACCCAGAUUAUUAACAGAAGUUUUGAUGCCUUGAAGUCAUUUCAUUAUUUGUUUCCUUGUUUUUACUGUUGUUUUCCUUUAUAUAUAUAUAUAUAUAUAUAUUAUUUUGCAUAAUCUAUACAUUUUUAAAUAAAUUCCUCCAAUCUCAUUAUGACAGAACU